UUCGCUGACGCUGCAUUCGGGGGCCGAAACUUGUUUACCUUUAUAAAAAAUGAUCAUAAAUCAUAUAUUAAUCGCAUUAUUAUUCAUUUUUGGCAAAAAGGGAUGUGCUGAAGAUGAAGGACUAUGUAGUGCCGAGGAUAAAACCUGUGGGCAAAGUGAACAUGAUGAUAUAACCCAGGAUGAACUAAGCUUCAAGAUAAGACGGCAGAUCGAGAAAGCCAAUAUUGACUACAAGGCUUGCAGCAGCGACCCAAAGGACUCCGAUUGCACUUGCCACGCGGAUGUUUUGAAGCGGGAUCUGGCACCCUACAAGUCAACAGGUGUCAGCCGGCAAAUGAUCGAAAGUUCUUCGAGAUAUGGCACAAAAUAUAAGGUUUACGAACACCGUUUGUACCGGGAUGACAACUGCAUGUUCCCAUCCCGCUGUCAGGGCAUCGAACACUUUCUCCUGCCGCUGGUGGCGACGCUACCCAACAUGGAUCUGAUAAUAAACACCAGGGAUUAUCCGCAACUGAACACCGCCUGGGGUAACACUGCCGGCGGUCCGGUAUUCUCGUUCUCCAAGACAAAAGAGUACCGCGACAUCAUGUAUCCAGCGUGGACAUUCUGGGCCGGAGGACCAGCUACCAAGCUACAUCCUCGUGGCAUUGGGCGAUGGGAUCAGAUGCGGGACAAGCUGGAAAAGCGGGCGGCGGCUAUUCCCUGGUCGCAAAAGCGCGACCUGGGAUUUUUUCGCGGCUCACGCACAUCCGACGAGCGCGACUCUCUAAUCCUGCUAUCACGCCGUAAUCCCGAGCUAGUGGAGGCUCAAUACACCAAGAAUCAGGGCUGGAAGUCUCCUAAAGACACCCUAGAUGCACCGGCCGCCGAUGAGGUGUCCUUUGAGGAUCACUGCAAGUACAAAUAUUUGUUUAAUUUCCGCGGAGUGGCCGCCAGUUUCCGACUGAAGCACUUGUUCCUCUGCAAAUCACUGGUCUUCCAUGUGGGCGACGAGUGGCAGGAGUUCUUCUACGACCAACUGAAGCCCUGGGUGCAUUAUGUACCGCUAAAGAGUUAUCCAACCCAGCAGGAGUAUGAAGAGAUCUUGUCAUUCUUUAAAAGAAAUGAUGCCUUGGCCCAGGAGAUAUCCCAGCGAGGAUACGACUUCAUCUGGAACCACCUCCGCAUGAAGGAUAUUAAGUGCUACUGGCGAAAGCUGCUUAAAAGCUAUGUAAAGUUGCUGAAAUACGAGGUUCAGCCGGAGGACCACCUUAUCCAUAUUUCGUAUAAAAAAGAUGAACUGUAGAUAGGAUAAGGUUUGGUAGGGCUUAAGUUUAAAGAUUUAUUUCUAGCUCGAAUGAUACUUUACAUAAGCAUGCAUGUAUCUUUAAAACUCAAUAUCAAGAUUUUUUUGAAAUGAAAAAUUCCGUUGCAGGGA